AUGGUCGAACGUUGGAUUCUCACGCUGUUGCUGGCGGUCUGCUUAGUUGUCUCUGCUUCAUUGGCUCAACCAAGCGCCGAAGUGGGAUGUGGAAAGGUGCUAGCAUCCAAGGAUCCCCUUGGACUUAUUUUUAACGGGUUUGAAUCAACACCGGGCAUGUGGCCAUGGCACGUUGCUCUGAUGCAUCUCGAGGCGUUUUGUGCAACGGCAGACGAAACAUCCUGUCCAAUAAUGCCGCUGUAUAAGUGUGGAGGAACAAUCAUCAACAGGGACACUGUGCUCACAGCUUAUCAUUGUGUGGCUGGAAUCGAAGGGCCGAUCGAAGUCGAACGCCUAGUAGUCCGUGGUGGAUUAUUUGAUCUUCUCCAUGAACCCGAUCAAGAAAACCAUGUGUUAGAGGUGUUAUUUCCGCCGGAAGCGAGUGUGAAAACGUUCGACGGCGAUAUAGCGGUACUCAAAAUGCAGACGGAAUUCGAAUACGGUGUCAACAUUCAACCGGCGUGCAUUCGUACCACAAAACAGCCGAUCGACGAUCUGGUUGAAAUGCAGGGUACUGUGAUUGGUUGGGGCUUGACCGAGCGAGGCUUCAUCUCACGUACCCUGAUUGAGGCAAACGUUCCGGUGGUCAGUCCUAAUGAGUGUCUGCAAGGCGAUUCGAGAUUCCAUCUAGCACUGACGUCGAAGAUAUACUGUGCCGGCAGCCGUAAUGGCACCUCGAGCUGCAACGGAGACAGCGGUGGAGGAAUGUUCUUCUACAUGGGAGGCCACUGGUUCCUGCACGGUUUGACAUCGUUCUCGCCGGGUGACCCUAAAAAACCUGGUGUUUGUGAUUCUCAUAAUUAUGUCGCGUACACCAACGUAGCCAAGUACAUCACCUGGCUCCAGGAAAAAGGUGUUACGUUCGAGGAUCCGUUGAUCAGUGGCAUGCCCACAGGAGAAAUGGCCGUUGGUUUUGCAGGAUCUGGAAACACCAGAUUGAUACGGUUGACCCUUAACGCAAAGUUGAAGAAGUUAUUGCAACAGCAAAAAGGUGAAUUUUUACUGAGAAUGACUUUAAAUGGCAAAAAGGUAAAUAGUGAAUUUGAAUGA